AGGGGGGGGAAGUGUCCGGACUGGAAGGGGGUGAAAGUGUCCGGACUGGAAGGGGGUGAAAGUGUCCGGACUGGAAGGGGGGGGAAAAGUGUCCGGACUGGAAGGGGGUGUGAAAGUGUCCGGACUGGAAGGGGGGUGAAAGUGUCCGGACUGGAAGGGGGUGAAAGUGUCCGGACUGGAAGGGGGUGAAAGCGUCUGGACUGGAAGGGGGUGAAAGCGUCCGGACUGGAAGGGGGGGAAAGUGUCCGGACUGGAAGGGGGUGAAAGCGUCCGGACUGGAAGGGGGUGAAAGCGUCCGGACUGGAAGGGGGUGAAAG